CUACAUGCUCAGGAGUAACUCUAAACAGUCAAUACCUAAGCUUGUUGUUGCUCUGAAUUGCCUCUACACUUAGCCAAAUUGGCCAAUCAGAAUCCACCCUUCUCAACAAACACGCCAAGAUAUCAAUCAAACAACCAUCGUGGCUCCAACUCCCCAACAUUGAGAGCUCAAACACCACUUUCACGAAUUCCCCUCCCACUCACCCAAUCCUCCUCUCCGACCCUCUUCCCACACACUAUUCGCGAUGUCGGACCCCUACUCCCCCGAAGGAGAACUCAUAAACAUCCACACUGCCUUCCACGCCGGCGCCUACAACCAAGUCCUCACCUUCGACACUUCCUCCCUCUCCCCCUCCAACGCUCUCCCUGCGCGCAUCCUAAAACUCCGCUCGCAAAUCGCCCUCGGCCAAACCGCCGACGUCAUCUCCUCGCUCGCCAAAGAAACCGUGCCCGACCUCGUCGCCGUCCGCCUGCUGGCCGAGUACGACUCCGGCAAGGAUGUGCUAGCGCAGAUGGAGAAGCUGGUGGAGCAGCACGGGCAGGGGAAUCUGACGGUGCAGUUGUGCGCGGGGAUCGUGUUUGAGAGGGCGGGGGAGACGGAGAAGGCGUUGGAGGUGUUGAGUAAGCAUGAAGGGAGCUUGGAUGCAGUGGCUUUGAUAGUGCAGAUCCACCUGCGGCAGAAUCGCACGGAUCUGGCUGCGAAGGAGGCACAGCGGGCGAGGAAAUGGGCACAGGAUAGCUUGCUGGUUAAUAUUGCCGAGUCGUGGGUUGGCAUGCGCGAGGGUGGAGAGAAGUACCAAUCCGCCUUCUACGUCUUCGAAGAACUCGCCACCUCCUCGCAAACCACCUCCCCGCACUCUCUGGUCGCCCAGGCCGUUUCCGAACUCCACCUAGGCCGCCUCCCAGAGGCGCAAGCUGCAUUGCAGCAAGCGCUCGAGCUGGACCCCAAGGCUGCUGACACAAUUGCGAAUCUCAUCGUGCUGAACACGCUGCUGGGGAAGAAGGACGAAACGGCGCAGUUGAAGGAGCAGUUGCAACAGGUGGAUAAGGAACAUAGGUUGUUAACCGAUUGGCAGGAGAAGCGGGCGGAGUUCCAGAGGGCGAUGGGGAAGUAUACUCCUAAGUUUGAGGCAUGAGCGCGUCAUCGCGACUGAAAUGGGGAAAGGAAUGAUGACAUUUUGGGAUUACGGCAUGGGAAUGUCUUAUAGAUGCUCUCUUGAAGAAGAGCGGGAAAUGAGCAACAUGCUUUCGACGAGAGAUCAAAGUCCAAUGCAGAAGUGGUGCGCUCCAUCAAUUGUUGUAUUGGAACUCACGUGUUCGUUGCUUCUGCCCACCUGGGCAGGCGGUACUGCUCAGAACACACUUCUCCUCAUACUUCGGAGUCUCAUCUACAAUGUCGA